CUAUGUGCAGCUAUAUUUUUGGAUUUAGAUGUGUGUUCCUAUAAAUAUUGAGUGCUGUUAAUUUUACUGUAUAAGAAUUAAAGUUUAAAUAAUCCAUCAUUAAAUAUCGGUCCGUAAAUUAAAAGCAGAUAGCACAAUAGUCGUAUAUAAUCAAAUAUAUAGAGAGUUAAAUCACUUUAUCGAAAAUGAAUGAAGCAGCAUUGGCCAGCAUGAUUUACAACGACCCCAUAGGCAUCUAUGAGCAGCCCAGGCCGCGUUUCAUAUUUAAAAUGCCGCGUGUUGUGCCCGACCAAAAGGCAAAAUUUGAAAGCGAUGAACUAUUCCGUCGCUUAAGCCGGGAGAGUGAAAUCCGUUAUACUGGGUAUCGCGAACGGGCUCAAGAAGAACGCCAAAUGCGUUUCCACAAUGGUUGUCGUGAGGGUCAUACUGAAAUCUCAUUUGUGGCAUCGGGUACGAAUCUACAACUGGUUUUUAACGCAACCCAAAACCCAUAUUUACAUGAUAAGGAAUGCGAUUUUGAUAAAGAACAUGGAAAGGUUUAUAUAAAAUCGUACUUUAUAAUGAACGGCGUGUGUGUGCGUUUUCGUGGUUGGCUAGAUUUGGAACGUUUGGAUGGAUCGGGCUGUCUGGAGUUCGAUGAACGACGUGCAAUGCACGAAGAUCAAAUAUUGCGCGAACAAAUCGAACGAUAUAAUUUGAGGCUUCGCGAAUUCGAGGAUUCCAAACGAGCAUAUCGUGAUAGCCGACCAGAAGUUGAUAUGGAAGCUGUACGCCGCGGUGUACCCUCAGGUGGUAUUGGAGUUGGUGCCAGUAUGUGGAGACGUUAACUUCGGGGAGAAAGAAAAGCGGGGUAAACUUUAGAAUAGAAUUACUCUGAUACGGGGUAAAGGCUGAUAUAGAAGGGUCUUUCUGUUUAAUUUUUUAAUUCUUUCGCAAAAUAAAAGAAAAAAGUGCAUUGUGUAAGUGUAAAAUUUAUUAUAUACCGAAAAGUUACAUAUUUUAAUUUGUAAAAUCAAGGACCUCCUUUAUCGGCCCCUAGUUGUAUUCACGCCGAAUUUUUAUUCUACAUAUGCUAAUUAGUUUAUUAUUUUAAUUGUAAGCAUAAAUAAUGGCGGUUUUCUCAAAAUUAAGUAUUAUUUUGUGCAAAAUAUGUAUUACGUCCAAUACUAAUAAUUGUAUUAAUUUUAUAUCCAUUAAAUUUCCACCUGGUAAAAAGGUAUUACUAUA